UGCGUCUGGCGCGCGCUGAUAUAAACCCCAUGGCGCGCACCGAGCGCGCAGAGGAGCAGAGAAGAAACAAGGCAGCGCGCAAAUCUCACUCAGACCUACUGAAAAAAAUAUGCAUCCCAACUUGGUGAGCUGGCUGGGGACUCUGGGGUUCCUGCUGUGGGCGCUGGUCUGCCUGGGAGCCUUGACAGAGGGGUACCCGGUUAAACCGGAGAACCCCGGAGAGGAUGCUCCGGCGGAGGAGCUGGCCAAGUACUACUCAGCCCUGAGACACUACAUCAAUCUCAUCACAAGACAGAGGUAUGGAAAGAGGUCCAGUCCUGAGAUUCUGGACACACUGGUGUCAGAGCUGCUGUUGAAGGAAAGCAGAGACACGCUUCCACAGUCAAGAUAUGACCCAUCAUUGUGGUGAUGGCUCUCACUCACCCGUCACCUCGGUCGCCUCUGAUACUCCCAUGUCUACGUGUCUGUCAGCUCAUGCUGCCCUGCACCGCCCGAUCACCGCUCUGUCUCCGUACAUCACCUGUCUGAAUGGCCGCGUAGCUUAUCUCACUCUCUGUCUGUGUAUGAGCUACAAUUAACACAGCUUACAGUACAGUCUGUGCCACAAAACUGUAAAUAGUUUAUUUAGAGUCCUCAUCUGGGAACCCCACGAUAAGACAUGGAGGAGGGGGCAUGUUGAUUGUAUUGUAUAUUUGUGCUAAUAAACAAACACCGUUUGAACAAAAA